GUUCUCAAUCACUCAGUGAAAGGAUUACGAUCGAUUGAAGAAAAAAAAGACAAAAAAAAGUAUCGACCUUUUAAUAUUGUAUCAAUGACCAACCAACGAAUGUAUUUGCACCUGAACUUGCACUUGUUGUUUGGAUUUCUUAUCAAUGUCUUGAAAAAUGAAACAAGAAAAAAAACGUUCGAUUUUUUUUUGAUCUAGAUAUCUGUGAUCAGUCACUGCUGUUGUUGAUGUUUGAUAUAACCUAAAGCAAAUGGAGAAAAUUUAAUGAAAAACAAUAUUUUAUUAUCGGAUACGAGAAAUAUAGACGAAAUUUUUGAUUUGAUUGACCAUUCAAAAUUGACAUUAAAUUUAUUCAUUCAUUUGACGAUGGUCAAUAACAACAUUUUGAACAUGAUGAAAAUUAUGACGUUGAAACGUGAAAAUAUUAACCGUUUGAAUUAACAUCAUCAAGGAAGUAUUAAAUUUAAUUGCAACAGUGAUUAAUGUGAUUAAAUUUCGGGCGUUUUCCAUAUCAAUCAGGUAUCACGUUCAGGAUGCGAUCAUUAUCAUCGACAAUGACGGCGACAAUCAUGAAGAUAACGGUAUCCACAAUCAUGAUAAUCAUCUUAUUAUUCAUUAUAGGAAUUGUUAAAAGUCAUAAAACAUUACCAUCAUCAAUGAUGACAUAUAAUCAACGACGAAUAUCAUCAAUACCAUAUAAUAAUUUUAAUCAGAUGAAUAAUUAUCCAAUUAAACAGAAUUUUAUGCCAAAUUCCAAUCAGGUUAACAACGAUAACAAUAACGACAAUUAUUAUCAUCAAAGCCAAUCGAAUUCGAAUCAAAUUGAUAAUCAAAAUCAUCAUAAUUCUAAUCAGAUAAAUAAUAAUCAACAUAAGCAUCAUUCGAAUUAUGAUCAACAAAGAUGGCGCCCCAUUCCACCAGCACAACAACAGCAACAAGAUUUAUUUGAUCGAAAAUUUUCAAAAAUGCGUUCAAAUCCAUUUGAAAAAUAUCUUAAUAAUAAUAAUCAAAUAACAAUGAAAAGAUGGCCAUCAUCACCAACGUCAUCGAUAACAAAAUCAGCAUUUGCUUGGGCAGAACAACAACGACAACAAUCAUCAUCAUUAUAUGAAAAUGAUAAUAAUAAUCGACAAGUUGUACACCAGCAACAACAUGAUACAAGUUCAACAGCAUCUGAUAAUAAUUAUGUAAUGAAUGGUGAAAAUAAUAACGAUAAUGAUAAUUAUUUAGCCAAUUCAAAUGAAUGUGCUUUAAUAUUGAAACGUUUCGAUACAAAUGAUCAGACACCACCAUCAUCAUAUGGUGGUCUAUCAUUCAAAGCAAUGAUGGAAGCAUUACGUGGAGGUUCCAAAGAGUUUAACGAUGAAGAAGCACAAAAUCAAAUUUGUAUCACUUAUGAUGAUGUAAAUGGUGCUGUGGAAAAAGCAAUGCGAAUACGACGAUAUGUACGGCCGAAUAAUAUUGAUAAUUUGGAACCACCGCCUGAACAGAUUGCUGAAACAGCUGAAGUUAUACAGGAAGCAACGAAAAUAUUGGCAUAUAGAUUCGAAUUAUCAUAUGAUGAGAUAUUGAAUGCAUUACCAUUGAUCGAUAUGUCACGUACAAUAUUUUGGCCACAUUGUCCUGGACAUGUUAAACCAAUUAAUUGUCGUAUGGAACGUUUCCGUUCAUAUACUGGUCAUUGUAAUAAUUUAGAAAAUCCAUCAUGGGGUGCUGCUAAUACAGCUUUCGUACGUUAUCUACCACCUGUUUAUUCUAAUGGUAUCGAUGGUUAUCGUAAAUCAGUAAUGAAAGGACGUAAAUUACCACAUCCACGAUUAGUCACACGUAUGGUACAUGCAGAUUUUGAUCAUCCAUCAACAGAUAUGACUAUUUUGGUAAUGUCUUGGGGACAAUUUCUCGAUCAUGAUCUUGCAUUAGCUAUGCCACCAAGAUUUUUCAUUGAUGGUCAUGAAGUUGAAGUUGAUUGUUGCCGGCUACCACCUGGACAACCACCACAUGAAUUAUGCGAACCAGUACAAAUACCACCAAAGGAUCCUGUAUAUGGACCAAUGGGACGCAAAUGUCAUGAUUUCAAACGAUCCAUUGCUGGUCAUCGUCCAAAUUGUGCAUUAGGACCACGUGUACAUGUCAAUAUUUUAACAUCACCAAUUGAUGCGAAUUUUGUUUAUGGAUCAACACGUGCCGCUGCCGAACGUUUACGAACAUUUCGUGGUGGUCUUAUGCGUACAUGGAAUAUAUUCGAUAAAGAACGUAUGAAACCUUUAUUACCAGCCGAAGACAAGAAUCCCGAUCUUGAAUGUAUAAAUCGUCCAAGGAAUCUAUUCUGUUUCAUUGCUGGUGAUAUUCGUGUAAAUGAACAGAUACAUUUAACUGUAUUACAUACACUUUAUGUUCGUGAUCAUAAUCGUAUGGCCAUUGAAUUGGGACGUAUUAAUCCACACUGGGAUGAUGAACGUAUCUACCAGGAAACACGUCAUAUAAUGGCUGCUACUGUUCAGCAUAUUGCAUUCAAUGAAUGGCUGCCUAUCGUUAUUGGUGAUACUAUGAUGAAUCGACAUAAUCUUAAACUAGUUGAAGAUGGUGGCUAUUAUAAUGGUUAUGAUCCUCGAUCACAUACAUCACCAUCACAAGCAUUUACCACAUCAGCAUUUCGUUUUGGUCAUACAUUCAUUCAAGGAAAAGUAAUGCGUUUUGAUAAUAACCAUAAAAUGGUUGGACAACAUAGCUUAAGAAAUCUAUUACGACGGCCAUAUAUUGUAUAUCGACCUGGUAUGAUUGAUGAAUUAGCUAUGGGUCUAGUGGAUACACCUGCUCAAAAUUAUGAUUCAUUCAUUACCAAAGAAGUAUCUGGACAUCUAUUUCAAGAAGAGGAUGAUUUUGCUGGUAUGGAUCUGCCAAUGUUGAAUUUAUUACGUGCACGUGAACAAGGUGUAGCUGGUUAUAAUUUUUAUCGUGAAUGGUGUGGUCUUAAACGUGCUGAAUCAUUUGAAGACCUUAUUCCGAUGGUUGGUAAUCGAACGGCACAAUUAUAUAGCGAACUCUAUGCUCAUCCUGAUGAUAUUGAUUUAUGGAGUGGUGGUGUUUCAGAAGUUCCAAUGCCCGAUGCAUUAGUUGGGCCCACAUUCGCCUGUAUUAUUGCUCGGAAUUUUGCUAACAUUCGUAACGGUGAUAGAUUUUGGUAUGAAAAUCCAGGUAUGCCAUCAUCAUUUACACCUGGUCAAUUACAAGAGAUAAAAAAAUCAAGUCAAGCACGAAUAAUUUGUGCUAAUGGUGAUAAUAUAACCACCAUUCAACGAUGGGCAUUACGACGACCACAUGAAAUCUUCAAUCCACGUUUACGAUGUAAUGAAAUUCCUGACCUCGAUCUUAAUUAUUGGCGUGAAAAUCCCAAUAAUGGCCAAUGGAUGAUGAAUGGUUAAUCAUCAUUGCUUAACACACAAACAAAAA